AUGCCAAAGGAAGGCACAGAAGAAGACAUGUCCCUCUCCACCAAGCCCCUAAAAUCCUUCCUCAUCCAGGACAUACUGUCAGAUUUGGGAUGCAAGAGUAAAGGCAGGGAUUUGGUGGUCCAAAUGGGCAACCAGGACACUGCUUCAUCCCAAGAAAAAAUGAAGGAGGAACUUGAGUCCCAGAAGAUGACCAGUUCCAGAGGAGAGAGAUCAGACCCCAACCUCCUGGAGAUCAAACACAGAGAAGAACAUCUGGAAACAGAACAGCAGGUCCUGGAAACAUCUCCACAAGUCCCUGCUGAUGGGGAAAGUCCAACAAAACUCCAACAGAAAAGGUCCAGAGCUGCUUUCUCCCACUCCCAGGUCAUAGAGCUGGAGAGAAAAUUCUCCAACCAAAAGUAUUUGUCAGCUCCAGAGAGAGCCCAGUUGGCAAAGAGCUUGAAACUUACCGAGACUCAAGUGAAGAUCUGGUUUCAGAACAGAAGGUACAAAACUAAGAGGAAACAACUGGCUUCAGAUGGGGAGGACAUGGAGAAGACACCUCCACUCCCUGUGCUCUGCAGGGAUGUAGACAUGAGCAGAGCCUCUCUGCUCAACCUCUACCAGAACUACCACUACUACCCCUACCUGUACUACCUGGCAGGGUGGCAUUCGCCCCUCUGGUAAACCUACCAAGCUGUGGGACUGUGAGAUUAUAAUAUAUGUAUAUAAAUAUAUUUUUCUAAUAUGUAAUAAUUUUGAGAAAUAUGUAAAAACCAGGGAAUACAGGUUGGACAUUUUAUCAGGUUUGUCGGUAGCUGGUAGCUGGGUGCUUCUUUCACCAGUGGCUGUUUUUGGCAAAUAAAAGGGAAAGAAAUAUAUAUAUUUAUUAUUUUAGCAGGUUCCAGGAAGAGUUAAACAGUCUGGGUUAAUCCAAGUGUUUUACUGAGGAUGAUGGGAGUUGGUGAACAAUAAUAGUGACAAGUGGGUGGAAAAUGUUGGUGAUCAGAGUAUGUGUGAUGUCAU